GAGGAAUGCGUGGCGCUCGAGGGAGAGGUCGAGGAUCGGGUGGCGAAUCUGGUGAGCCUCCUGCAGGCGAGAAAGUCGCGACUGAUCGAGGCCGCUCGGCAAACCCGCGAGGCCAGGGUACGCUCGUUGCGUGACCAAGUGGCCAGAUGUGCCACGCAUCUGCAGACAACCACGGCGUUGCUCACCUUCUGCAUAGAGGCGUUGAAGGAGACGGACAGCGCGGCCUUUUUACAGAUCGGUGGCAUGUUGUCGGUACGGGCGGCGACCGCCGCCGGCUCCUGGGGCGGCGCCGAGGGUGUCCAGGAAAUCGCCCGUCUGCCGUUGCUGGAUCUCACCCUGGACGACAAACCGCUGCGACGCGCCAUCGAUCAGCUCACCUUCGUCCAGCUGAAAC